AUGUUCAAAUUCUUUUACUUUUUUACAGGCAUACAUAAUUCAACAAAUAAUGAAACUAUCAGUACUACGGAAUCUGUUGCAAAUAAUAUGAAUAAUUGUUGUAGUGCAAAAAAUGUAAAUCAAUGUAAUCAAACGUCAACUGGCAACAAUAAUACAAAUCAGUUUUUGGAGCAAGAAAAUUUUGAACUAGAAAAGAUUAUUGAAAAUGCUCUAGAUUUAGAAGAAGAAUUACAUUAUAAAAAUACAUUAAACUCUGUAUUGAAUAAUCUCAUUCUUGAUGCAACGAAUUCUCAGUGUUUUAAAAAUGAUAACAAUGAAACUUUAGAAAACCCUGUUAUAAAAAAAAUUAAAUUGGAUGAUGAUAGUAAAUGUGUACCUUCUGCAAAUGCAAGACCUUCGGAAAAAAUAUUUCAAAAUAGUCCAAAUAUAUACUAUAGUAGUACAUCUAAUCAUUUUAAACCACAAAAACAAUAUGAUACAGUAUUAAACUCUGAUAAGGCGCUAAAUGAUCAAAAUGGUAAUAUAAAAUGUGAAGAAAUUAUAACAUAUAAAGAUAAAAAAAAUUUAAUGAAUAAGCUUAAUGAUUAUUAUGCUAAACAAUUUAAUAGAUAUCUGAUUUCUAAAAAAAAUUAA